AUGUUCAACACUCUUGCCAUCGCUCUCGCCACAACAGCCACGGCUUGGCCACUCCUCUCCUCCAGACAGGACCAGGGAUCAGCAGCUGUAUUCAACUGCAGCCACGACUUUGCUUUGACGUACGAUGAUGGUCGCCCUUACAUCUACGGUAACGAGCUCACCGAUUACUUCUCUAAUGCUGGUCAUCUAUACACGAGAUUCAUCAACGGAAACAACUGGAGAUGCAUCUACGACGAGGAUAUGGUACAGUCUAUUCAGUACUCGCACUCCAAGGGCCAUCUCAUCGGUUCACAUGGCUGGUCUCAUGCCUCUUUCAACGACAUUACAAGAGAGCAACUCGACAGCGAGAUUGAGCAGGUAGAUGAAGCUCUCAUGAAGAUUAUCGGCGUCACAACCAAAUACGUCAGACCACCAUACGGGAGUUGCGAUGCGGGCUGCGUGGAUUACCUGCAGAACACCAAAGGAAAGACAGUCGUACAAUGGUCUGAUGACAGUGGUGACUCAGCAGGUGCCAGUUCAGAUCAGGUGAUCAACUCGAUCCAGAAAUGGGCUAAUGAUGGUGCCCCUCAUCUCGUUCUCGACCAUGAAGUCCACCAAUCUUCUGUGGAAACAGUGGUUCCUGCUAUAAUGCCUUUCUUCGAUGGUCGCGUGCUCACUACAGUGGCACAAUGUAUCGACGACGCCUCGUACCUUCAAACGGGCAGUUUGGGUGUCAGAGAUGAGACAUGGACUUGUUCCGAUAAACCAACUAUCAAGGCUACGCCGGGAUCGAACCCAGAUGCUAGUGGUGGUUAUUAA